AUGGUACUAAAACACGGUGUGAAGUUGAAAAAAUAGUAAAUUUGGAAAAAGCAAAAGAAGAGGUGAUGUAAGGAAGUGAAGUGAACGAGCGAUGGUUGAUUGGAGUGGGGUCAAAUACUAAAGGCUAUGCUUCCGUAUAUCAGUUUUCUUCGCCCACAGAGCCCUCCUUCUCUAUAUAAAUACCCCAAACCACUUCAUCUUAACACCAAUUUCUCUUUCUCCAAACAAGUCUCAUAAUGGCGGCUUCGGUUGACAACCGUCAAUACGGUGGCCACAUAAACGGUGUCGUUCGCGGUUGUGGGCACGACUUAAAACCACCUCUGCCUCUUGAUUUACACUACGAUUCCUCGAGCAGCGAUGAUGACGAAAACGACGACGCUUCGUACCUGAAAGAGCUAAUACAAAAGGCAAACGCUGAGGUAGAGGCGUCAGUGUUGGACCCACGCGACGAGGGAACCGCGGAUCAAUGGAUCCCACGGAACGGUACCAUGGUCCGCCUCACAGGGAAGCACCCCUUCAACUCUGAACCACCCCUCCCACGCCUCAUGCACCACGGUUUCAUCACCCCGGUCCCACUCCACUACGUGCGCAACCACGGGCCUGUUCCCAAGGCCCGUUGGGAGGAUUGGGCUGUCGAGGUAACAGGCCUCGUUAAACGGCCCACUCGUUUCACCAUGGAGCGGCUCAUCCGCGAGUUCCCCAGCCGCGAGUUCCCCGCCACUCUCGUCUGCGCCGGGAACCGCCGCAAGGAGCAGAACAUGGUAAAACAAAGCGUCGGCUUCAAUUGGGGCCCCGCGGCUGUCUCAACCUCGGUGUGGCGCGGCGUGCCUCUGCGGCACGUGUUAAAGCGGUGCGGGAUCUACUCACGUGCGAAGGGUGCGUUGCACGUGUGCUUCGAGGGCGAGGAGGAUCUACCUGGUGGUGGUGGUUCAAAGUAUGGAACGAGUAUUAAGCGGGAGUUUGCUAUGGAUCCUUCGCGUGAUAUCAUAUUGGCUUACAUGCAAAACGACGAGGCUUUGACACCGGACCAUGGGUUCCCCGUUCGCAUGAUUAUACCCGGGUUUAUUGGUGGCCGAAUGGUUAAAUGGCUGAAGCGCAUUGUGGUCACUCCUGUUGAGUGUAACAAUCAUUACCAUUUUAAGGAUAAUAGAGUACUCCCUUCUCACGUUUAUGCAGAACUUGCCAACGAAGAAGCUUGGUGGUACAAGCCGGAAUAUAUCAUCAACGAGUUGAACAUUAACUCAGUGAUAACGACGCCGGGUCACGAGGAGAUUCUGCCCAUCAACUCAUGGACUACGCAGAGGCCUUAUGUACUGAGAGGUUACGCAUAUUCUGGGGGAGGAAGGAAAGUCACACGAGUUGAGGUAACAUUGGACGGAGGAGAAACGUGGGACGUGUGCACAAUUGACCAUACAGAGAAACCCAACAAAUAUGGCAAGUACUGGUGCUGGUGCUUCUGGUCUCUGGAGGUGGAGGUCUUGGACCUCCUUGGAACCAAGGAGAUUGCGGUCCGUGCCUGGGAUGAGGGCCUCAACACCCAGCCUGAAAACCUCAUUUGGAAUGUUAUGGGUAUGAUGAACAAUUGCUGGUUCAGGGUGAAAACGAACGUGUGCAAGCCUCACAAGGGUGAGAUUGGCAUUGUGUUUGAGCACCCAACCCAACCAGGGAACAAGCCCGGUGGGUGGAUGGCAAAGGAGAGACACUUGGAGAUAUCACAAGACCCAACCCCAGCCAUGAAGAAGAGUGUCUCCACACCAUUCAUGAAUACAACCUCAAAAACGUUCUCCCUCUCCGAAGUUAAAAAACAUAACACCCCCGAUUCCGCAUGGAUCAUCGUCCAUGGCCAUGUCUAUGAUUGCACCGACUUCCUCAAAGACCACCCCGGCGGUACCGACAGCAUCCUCAUCAAUGCCGGCACUGACUGCACCGAAGAGUUCGACGCCAUCCAUUCCGACAAAGCCAAGAAAAUGCUUGAGGAUUACCGAAUUGGGGAGCUCAUCACCACGGGUUCAGGCUACUCCUCAGACUCAUCACCCAAUAACUCCAUGCAUGGAAACUCCGAAACCAUUCAUUUGGCCCCCAUUAAGGAAAUCACCACAACAUCAUCUUGCAGCGUGGCUCUGAACCCACGCGAGAAGAUUCCAUGUAAGCUCGUGUCCAAAACCUCCAUUUCGCGGGACGUGAGGCUCUUCCGUUUUGCACUGCCCUCAGAGGACCAACUCUUGGGGUUACCAGUGGGGAAGCACAUUUUCCUAUGUGCAACCAUCGAUGGCAAGCUAUGCAUGCGCGCCUACACUCCAUCUAGUGCUGCAGACGCAGUGGGGUACUUUGAACUAGUCAUCAAGGUUUACUUCAAAGGUGUGCACCCCAAGUUCCCGAAUGGAGGACUCAUGUCUCAGCAUUUGGACUCACGCCCUAUUGGGUCUAUUUUGGACGUUAAAGGGCCAUUGGGUCACAUAGAGUACAAUGGAAGAGGCAAUUUUUCGGUUCAUGGGAAACAUAGAUAUGCUAAGAGGCUAGCCAUGUUGGCUGGUGGGACCGGGAUCACACCCAUUUACCAAGUGGCACAAGCGAUUUUGAGGGACCCUGAGGACCACACUGAAAUGCAUGUGGUGUAUGCGAACCGCACUGAGGAUGAUAUAUUGUUGAGGGAAGAGAUGGAUGCGUGGGCGAAGGAUUAUCCUGAACGGUUUAAGGUUUGGUAUGUUGUGGAAACCGCCAAGGAAGAGUGGGAAUAUAGUGUGGGUUUCAUCACGGAGGGUAUCAUGAAGGAGCAUCUUCCACAACCUUCGGGGGACACGUUGGCUUUGACUUGUGGGCCACCACCCAUGAUUCAGUUCGCGGUGCAACCCAACUUGGAGAAGAUGGGGUAUGACAUUAAGAAUGAUUUGUUGUUGUUUUAGGGUGAAUACAAAGAGGUUGUGUUGUAUAUGUAUGUAUGUGGAGUAGUGUUAUUAUUAUUUGUGUUUCGGCUAUUGUGGAGUAUCGUUUGUUUCAUUCUUUUUAAGGGCAAAAAAAAAAAAAAAUGAAAA